ACGUCACCCGUUGUUAGGUCUCUCCGCCGCGCCAACUCAACACGCUUGACAUGUCAGUUGAGGUAACAGAGAAAGUGUCCUGUCUGCUCGUGUGUGCGCUAACUUGACUAAAUGAGCGGCAAACAGGAACUCUGAGACACCUCCGGAUUGAGCCAAAGGAAUCAAAGAGGAGACGACUGUAAUUUACAGACAUGGGGGGCCUGAUAUCCAGAUGGAAGACAAAGCAAACCACAGUUGAGCAGCUGGAGACCCUCGACAAGGAGAUUAAAGAGUUGGAGGAGUUCAGAGCCAAAAACCAACGUCUACAAAAGCUGUGGGUCGGCCGAUUGCUUCUCUACUCGUCGGUCCUGUACCUGCUGACAUGUCUGGUUGUGUACUGUCUCUACCUGCCUGAGCAAUGGUUGGAUAGAAUCGCCAUGGCUCUGCCUUUCUUCAUAUACCCUGUGCUGGUUUGGUUCAUCAGGAAGUUGUUGAUCUUCCUUUUUUCCAAACGCACUGAGAGAAACAGUGAUAAACUGGAAGAAUUGAAGGCGGCCAAAAAAAAGAUUCUGGAGGAAGUGAUGGAAACAGAGACGUACAAAAAUGCUAAACUCAUCCUGGAGCGCUUUGAUCCUGAAGCGAAGAAGAAAGCUGAGCUAGAGUCGACUCCGGUGCGUCCACAGAUGACUCCCAGGCCAGGACAAGAGAUUCGACAGAGAGGGGUGGCAAUGAGACCCAUGCCGAUGGGCACCCCGGCUGCAAUGACUCCCCCACCUGGAGCACGGCCUCCAAUGGGACCAGGGGGCACACCUGUGGAACCUGUCCCUCUCUCAGCUCCAGGAGGACCGCCAGAGAGAUCUGCUCUGUCUUCCUCUGUCCUCCAGGGGGCGAUACCCAGGACCCCCAGCUCUCCUAUACCAGGAGUCGGCCUGCACCCACCAGGUCCUCCAUUAGCAAGACCCAUCCUGCCCAAAGACAGGGGAGCCAUGGACCGAGUCAUUGAAUACCUGGUAGGGGACGGACCACAGAACAGAUACGCUUUGAUCUGCCAGCAUUGUUUUUCUCAUAACGGCAUGGCUCUGAAGGAAGAGUUUGAAUAUCUAGCGUUCCGUUGUGCGUAUUGCUACUUCCUGAAUCCGGCCAGGAAGACACGCCCUCAGGCUCCCAGGCUUCCAGAGUUCAGCUAUGAGAGGAGGCUGCGAGCAGAGUCUCGUUCUCCUGGACCAAUGCGGCGUUCAGGAACAGACACAGAGGAGAGUGCACCUCCUUCUGGAGCCAAGGCUCCAGCUCCGUGGAAUUUGGUCCACAGUUUCCAGAUCCAGCAGAGUCCAAAGAACCCCCAGAACCGACCCCUGCAGAGUCCAGAUGAGAGAGAGCUGGGGGAAGACGAAGGACCCACAAAAGGAGCAGAGAGUGACAGCCAAUCAGAGGAGCUGCAGCAGCAGGUAGAAGAAGAAAGAGAAGAGGAAGUGGUUCAGGAGGAGGCAGCGGCGGAGGAGGAGGAGGUGGAAUCAGAGCAGAGUCACAGCGCCCCCUGUGAGUCAGAGUCUCAGCCGUCAUAGUUGCAGAGAGUCCAGAGGAGGACCAGGAAUGUCGGAUCAUUCGAUUGGAACAAAAGGUGUUGGUAGUGGCCAUGAUAGACAGGUGGCAUUUUAAAGCAAUAUAGGUGGACAAGGAUUGUCACUAGCAGCAGCAUAAUGAUAUUGUACUUCCUUGCAACCAAAAACUAGAUCAAUCACUGUCAUACUGACACAAAGCAGGUAGAGGAGAUUAUGUAGGUAAUGUGGUAAACGGUGUGUAUUCUCAGUGAACAACAUAAUAACUUUGGAUGUACGCUCAUUGUAUUUAAUGGUAAAACUGUCCAAAAAUAUUGCCUAAAUGAUGCCAACAUAUCAUGGCCUUAACAGUCUGAGUGGUUCACUUGGAAGAUGUCAGAUUGAUGACCGUAGUUUUAAUUUUAAGGCUGUUUCUCAGUAGAGCAGUUUGCUGAUGAUGACGCUGUAUUCGUGGUGAUUGACUGUUAAUUUUUCAGUAUUCUAUAAUUUACAGGAUAAGGUUGUUUUAGGUUUGACGUAGUCGCCUGCCGUAGGAUUUGAACAUGGAGUGUUUGUUUUUAGAUAAACUGCUGGUUCACUGUU